UCCACCGCUUCAGCAUGCUGUAAGGAAGCUAAAACUGUGAACACUGCUGCACAAGUGUCGUAUUCCGCGAUAAUAUAUGUAAAUAACUCAGUCGACUUUAUAAGCUGUACAAGCUAGUGACACUAACUUCAACCACUUUUAUAAGUUAUAUGUAAGCUAAUACUCACGAGCCAUACUUUCUCACUGUGUACUAAUGAAGAAACAAAGGAACGAAAAUAUCGUCAAAGAGGACCGUCUGACAUUCAGAAUAGAAAAUAAUAUUCUGAUCGGCAAGGAAAUACCGAUUCGCAAGGAAUGUACGAACGUCGGCGCGUUGGCGUUGCAAAGGCUGCGGAGCAGACCGGAAUUUGUCGCUCAAGUGGAAGCGGUUACCGGGACAGAGACCACUUUCGCGGAAAUGAUGGAGAAAAGCGUGAAAUGCGCGCUGUGGAUGCGAGAGCAAGGUGUUCAAUCGGGCGAUGUAAUCGGCAUUUGCACUCACAAUCACUUGGAGUCAUAUGUACCUCUGUUGGCGGCGCUCUACGUCGGCGCCAUUAGCCAUCCGUGGGACGACGAACUUUCUCCAACGACCGCGCGUUACUUCUUCUCUAUGACAAAGCCGAAAAUAAUAUUUCUAAAUCUCGAUUCGGCCGAGUGCAUGUCGCGAAUUGUCAAGGAGGACAAACUAGAUACCAGACUGGUGGUGUUCGAUGAUUUGGCGGGAUUCGAGCGAGCCGAGUCUCUGAAGAACAUCCUGCGGUGUCAGGACGCCACCGGGAUCGAUGAGUUCGAGUGCGCAAAACUGACGAGUCUCGAUCAGGUCGCCACGAUCGUCUGCUCGUCCGGCACUAGUGGCUUUCCAAAGGGAACCGAGAUCAGUCACGCGUCCAUGAUCAAUUACAUGACUCACGUCAGAAUUCAUGAUCUCAGAGGACACGUGUCCAUGUGGACACCCACCAUGCGCUGGUAUUGCGGUUUGUUUAUCGUCAUCAAGGCCAUCUUGGACUGCUCCAAGAGGAUCAUAGUCCCGGAUUGCGACGACGACGAGGAACUGUGCCGCUUCAUCGAGAAACACGAGGUAUCCUGGUUUAGAUGCGAUUCCUGCUUCCCCAUUCGACUGGUAAAGUUCGACAUACUAAGCAAGUACCGACUACCAACAUUGAAAAUCCUUUUGUUUGGGGGCGCGCAUUUCCGCGGAGAGCUGCAGCAGACUCUGGUGGAACUUUUGCCGCACACAAGUGUCAUAUUGAGUUAUGGAAUGACGGAUUAUGGUGGAUUAUGCGCCCGUCAGACAAAAUACAGUAAACCAGGCAGUUGCGGAUUUGUCUGCGAAACGGGACGGCUGAAAGUGGUCGAUCCUAACACAGGUCAGAUCUUGGGGGCCAACAAAACAGGAGAAAUACUGGCCAAAUCGUCGUACAUGAUGAAUGGAUACUACAAUAAUCCUGAGGCUACCAGGAGCGCAAUCGAUUCGGACGGAUGGUUACAUACCGGUGAUCUUGGUUACUACGACAACGACGGCGAAAUCUUCCUCGUCGACAGAAUGUCGGAAUUCAUCAACUAUAGAGCCAUCAAGAUAUCGCCCGCGGAAAUGGAAGCUUUGAUUCAGCAACAUUCCGCAGUCCUUGAAGUUGCGGUGGUAGCCGUGCCACACGUUAUCGACGAAGAACAUGCGAUGGCCUUUGUUGUAAAAGUACCUGGCAAAGAGACGACGGAACUCGACAUAACCGACUUGGUGAAGCGGAACAUGCCGUGGUACUGCAGGUUGCAUGCGGGAGUUAAAUUCAUGCAAAAGCUUCCCCGCACGGCCACCGGGAAGAUCGCUAAGAAGGAGCUCAAGCAGAUCGCUAAGAGUUACGCAACAAAUUGAAACGAUACGUCGUACUAUAUGUACCUAAGCUGCCCCAUAUUAAUUUUAUACAUUUUACAUCCAAUAAAUUAAUUUGCACCUAAUAGUGUCGAUCAUUUCUCUUUGUCAUUUUUGUAGCAAAAGCAUUAUCGUUUUAUCACAUGUUCGUAAUUUAGAGGCGCGUGUAUUUUAUUAGAUGAUUAUCAAUAAAAUACGAUACUACGAUGUAGUAUCGUGAUAUACACACAUAUCGUUAUGUUGUUGUUAUGAUACAGCAAUUAAGGCAACAUCGGAAAAACAUCAGUUUCCGUACGAAUUGCUAUUUGUAACAAUAUAUAAAUGCAUUCAUCGAUCACUAUUUAUCAUAUAAAUGUGCAAAUAUUAUCGAUAUAAAGAGAUUAUUUAACAAUAAUUUUAGGACAAGUAGUCUUAAAGUAGCUUCUACUUGUUCGUAUUAUCACAAAAGACAAACGAGCAUCGUAAGUCAUAUAGAAAAUACUGCGGCACAAAAUAUUGUAACAAUUUUACAGUUCAAAGUAUAACGGGAAAACCUUCGUUGAGAACGUUAGAACGAAACUCAGAAGAUUCUUCGAACGUCUUGCUCGUCUAUUUUGUCAUUUUUGUGAGCGGAUUUUCUCAUCGCAGGACAUUCAUGUUACUACGUCGUCCUUAUUACGAGCACCGCAAUGUAGCUCGCGAUAUAUGCAUCAAAAAGAGAAACUCGAGCGAAGCAAGAGCUAGGAGUACGCAAUUCUGUAAAAUACCAUCCGACUCGAUUGCCGUGCCGAUGCAAGUGGGAGAAAAGAAAAGAUAAAAGCGAGUUGUCUCUUUAUUUGACUUAGAGACGUAAUAUGACGCUUGACACUUAGUUGUCAUUGUGUACGUAGCUGCACGCUUAUUCGCGGAUCUUUAUUAAUUCAUAUCUUGUUAAUUAUUACGAAUCUUGUAAAGUGGUAUAAAACUUUUCGCGCGCGCGACUCAGAAUAACUUCUACCUGCCUAUGAGCGGUGAGAUACGGUAAUUACCGGACAUCCUGUAUAUAUAUAUAUAUACAUAUAUAUUAAUAUACGCGGAAGUAAUUCCAAUCCAAUGAAUUAUACCCGUCGCGCUUUACAUAUUUACGUGCACGAAUGGCUGAUAAACGCGUGUUAAAGUUCUUCAUCGUCCAUUUACGCAUUUGCAUAAUUAAUGCUGAAUGCAAUAUGCCUUGUUGAAACGAAAGAGGAGAAGAGGGAAGACAUAUAGCCAAAUCUCAAUUAUUAAAAUACUUUUGCCGCGCAUUAUUAUAUAAACCAUAUAUAUCGCCAAACAAAAUAUCAAAUGUGUGUGAUAUGAUAUUCUUAUUGAAACGUAAUCGUUCAACUGUUUUCAUAUCAGCUUUCUGAUCAGUUAAAUAUAAAUAGAAUAUAGAUUCAAUAAGAUUACUUGUAUACAUAAUGACAAGAUAUUGAGUACUUUAUCUCGAUGCAGUAACUGUGUAUAUUGAUGCGUAUAUAAAAUCUUUGAAAAUAUUUUGAAAAAUGUUUACUAUAAGCGCAAAAAACGCAAAAUUGCGGUUCCGCGCACGUGUAACCGCCUUCAAAUGUAAAGCGUUCGCGCGAAACUGCCGCAAAGUUUUAAUAUUUGCUCUACGGCAUGUUUAGCAAGCGCUACGUUUCCUCCGGCCAACAGGGGAAAAACUCGACUAAGUGUUCUUAAGUAAGUACCUAAGCGCGCACGAGGUUCAAAAAGAAGCGCUCUCCGAGAUAAUUUCGUUCUCACGCCCAGCUUUAAAAUCAAAAUGGUUCAGCGAGGCCGAAUUAAACAAGUCGGAUUUAAUUAAGUAAUUAUCCGAUGCUGAAACUAUAACAAUGGCAAAAUAAGUUUUGCAUCGUGCACAGUCGCCUCUGAUUAAGAAUUAGAUAAGUUUCAGAUUACAUUUUUUUGAAUGACAAUAUUAUAAUCAAUCUUCUUCAAGAUAAAUUUAACAGCUGACGAGCAGGCGCCAAAAACUCGAUGGAAUCGAUACAGACAAAAAGGACGGAUUUGAUAAAAUUGUAACUUAAAUUAAUAAGAAGAUAAAAGCUUGUCGAGUUUUACGAAGUCAAAUGUAUUUUUUUUACAUAGAUAAUUUUGCAAAGAAUAUUUGUAAUAGAUAUAACAAGAUCACGUUUCAGUCGCGCGAUCGAAACAUUUGACGCGUGCAAAUAUGCGUAACAUGUGGAAGUCGAUUGUGUAUCGCAAAACCUAGUGAAAAUCACAAAAAUACACUUUUGCUUGAUUGGGUAAUUUUUAUCAUAGUAAAAAUGCGAUAUUUUUCACGUAAGAUUAAUAAAAAAGUUUACGUUGAAUUGUGUUUAAGUAUCGUAUCAAGCAAUAAUUGUUUUAAUGAGCAAUUGAUAUUGCAUUUUUACUUUUAUCAUAACCAAUCGCGUGUAUUUUUUCAUGUGAAAUAAAAGUACAAAAAGUGAAAACAUUCGACAGAGAUACAAAAUCGUGCUCUGAUUUAAGGAAAAUUAUCUCCUCGCUUGCUUUUGUUGCGGGAAAGAAACAUGAUAACUGCGGAGCAAGAAUAAGAAGCUAGGAGAUCGUAGAGAGAAAAAGAGAGAAACAACUUAGCAUAGUCACAAGUGUGAAAAAUAUGAAAUUUCACAGCGUCGAGAAAGAUUCACGUCCGUUUGAAUGAAAAUUUUUUUCUCUCUCUCUCUCUCUCUCUCUCGUGAGCCGACUCUUCAUAAUCUCUGUGGAAACUUACCGCAAUAUCUAUCGCGAAUGUGCGAUUCUAUUGUGACAAUAACAGCGAUAGCGGCGCAAACGGCGAUAAGAUGCGAGAUAACAAAAUGGACAGAAGCACAACACAUCUCGCGAAGAGAAUUAGCAUUAUAUUAACAACUUUUGAAAAAACAAACAAAUUUGUAACAUGUGUUCUGAUAAAAACUGCUUUGUUACUGUUUUGAUGUUGAAUAAUAAUUGAGAAAAAUACUAUCAAUAUAAUUGUUUGACACAUUAUUGACACAUUAUCAAUAAUCAUCGAUAAGUUACAAAAUAAUUUUUACACACUGUUAAAUUAUAAUUAAUGCAAUUUUCCAACAGCAAAGCUAUUGAUGAACAAAGCAUGUGUUCUCAGAUUUCUCAGAUGUCAAGCAGUACGAUAAUUGUAAAUUAUUCAUAUGAAAAUAUAUAUCUUGAUAAGCGUUUAUGUAUUUAUGUAAUUGCGUGUUGUAGUAUGUUUG